CAGUUGGAUUUGUAAGCUCUGACGCGGGAUCAACCAAAAAAAACAUUUUUUGUGUUUUUCUUUUUUUGGCUGCUUUGUUUUUAUAUGGAACACAAUAUUUUGAACUUCGAAUCUCGCCUGUAAAGAUGUAUCAUUAGGAGAGGUGUCCUAACAGUAGUACCUGAAUAGUGCUCUGAGUUGUGAAUGGUGAUAACGGGUUUGGGAUUUAGCAAACCUGUUAUUAUGAUGCGCUAACAAUUUGAAGUUGCCACGACAACCAGUAGGCGCGCUGUUGUAACCUCUUUGACGACCCCGGAAAUGAAAUGUAGUGAAGAGGAAAAAAACGUCUUGCUAAUAAACAACCAAGCACUGAAAGAGGGGGAGGGUACGGGAGCAACUGUCAAUUCAUGUGACCUUGCAUUACAGGGAAACAAUAUAAUCCCCGGGUAUACCGAAAUGAAAAAUGCAACCAGCCGUAAGUGUUUAAUAAAAUGAAUAUCGAUGGUCUUGCAGUAACCUGUUCGGUGCGUACAGUGCAUCGCUAGCUGUCCGCACAGCGUGCAUACAUACCAAUGACUGAAGCAAUCGGGACGCUGAUGUGUUGCUGUCGCGUGGUUCUGAGUAACAGAAGCCUGAAUGAUUAUCGCUGUCCUGACAGGAUUCUUCAUACUGCUGUUGAUUUGGAAGGUCAUGGAGGACCAGCUAAAGCUGGUGGUUUCAGGAAAGAAUGGGGACGUGGAUCAGGUCUCUAACCCAGGGAAGCAGACAGAGCCUGACCCCCCGUCUGAAUCAGAGACUACCUGUCCCUCAGCACUACCUUCUUCCCAACCCAAUUCCACUGUCGUCAGCAAGCAGGCUGAACCAACUGCAUCUACUACCUCAAUAGCAAAGGGAGAAUCUCCUGAAAAUGCGUCACUUCCACCUCUGGGGCAAACACACCAGCUACAGGCAUCCACGUCGGCCAGGCUUCAGAACUCAUCAAUCAGAGCGGCGGUACAGCCCAGCCCAGGCCACGCUCAGGAUGCGCCCGGGUUCCCACACAAGGCAGCCUUGAGACGGGAGCGUCUCAAGUUCGUUAUCGGCUCCUCGGAAGAUAACUCCUCGGAUGACGAGCUGGGCAUGUUGGAUCACAGAGAUGGGGAAGCAUCGCGGCCGGCGCCCAGCAGCUCCUCUGUGGUGCCGGUGUCCCCACUGGCAGCCCCCCGCAAGACACUGGCACCAAAAACCAUGAGGCCCAGCAUGUCGGGCCUGCACCUGAUGAAGAAGGGGAGGGAGCACAACAGGAUGGAUCUGCACAGAGACUUCACUGUCGCCUCGCCCGCGGAGUUCGUCACGCGAUUCGGGGGCGACCGCGUCAUCGAGAAGGUCCUGAUAGCUAACAAUGGCAUUGCGGCUGUGAAGUGCAUGCGCUCCAUUCGUCGGUGGUCCUACGAGAUGUUCCGGAACGAGAGGGCCAUUCGAUUUGUCGUCAUGGUUACGCCCGAGGACCUGAAGGCCAAUGCAGAGUAUAUAAAAAUGGCAGACCACUAUGUGCCAGUGCCCGGUGGUGCCAACAACAAUAACUACGCCAAUGUGGAGCUGAUUGUGGACAUUGCUAAGAGAAUCCCAGUACAGGCUGUGUGGGCCGGAUGGGGACAUGCUUCAGAGAAUCCCAAACUCCCAGAGUUGCUGCAGAAAUGUGGGAUAGCCUUCCUAGGACCCCCCAGCAAGGCUAUGUGGGCGUUAGGAGACAAAGUAGCUUCUUCCAUAGUGGCCCAGAGUGCUGACAUUCCUACCCUGCCAUGGACUGGAUCUGGUCUCACCGUGGAGUGGACAGAGGAGGACCAGAGACUAGGCAAUGUGAUCAGUGUCCCCACAGAGGUGUACGCAAGGGGCUGCAUCGGAGACGUCGACGAAGGACUGGCGGAGGCAGAGAAAAUCGGCUACCCUGUGAUGAUAAAAGCUUCUGAAGGAGGCGGAGGAAAAGGAAUCAGAAGAGUGGACAGUUCGGAAGACUUUGCUGGCUUCUACCGCCAGGUGCAGGCGGAGGUGCCUGGCUCGCCCAUCUUCGUGAUGCAGCUUGCUGAGCACGCACGGCACUUGGAGGUCCAGAUCCUAGCUGACCAGUACGGGAAUGCCAUCUCUCUCUUCGGACGUGACUGCUCCAUCCAGCGCCGGCAUCAGAAAAUCAUUGAGGAGGCCCCAGCAACCAUAGCAGCUUCCCCAGUGUUUGAGUACAUGGAGCAGUGUGCAGUUCGCCUGGCUAAGAUGGUGGGCUAUGUGAGUGCUGGGACCGUGGAGUACCUCUACGCAGAAGAUGGAAACUUCCACUUCCUGGAGCUGAACCCCCGCCUGCAGGUGGAGCACCCCUGUACUGAGAUGAUAGCGGACGUGAAUUUACCUGCAGCCCAACUCCAGAUCGCAAUGGGAAUCCCCCUCCACAGGAUUAAGGAUAUCCGGGCUCUGUAUGGAGAGAAACCCUGGGGGGACUCGCCCAUCAACUUCCAGACCCCAGCCAACGCUCCCAGUCCACGGGGCCACGUCAUCGCAGCCCGGAUCACCAGCGAGAACCCUGACGAGGGCUUCAAGCCGAGCUCGGGGACAGUGCAGGAGCUGAAUUUCCGCAGCAGUAAGAAUGUCUGGGGCUACUUCAGCGUUGGGGCCGCUGGAGGGCUCCACGAGUUUGCCGAUUCUCAGUUCGGCCACUGCUUCUCCUGGGGAGAGAAUCGAGAAGAAGCCAUUUCGAACAUGGUGGUAGCCAUGAAGGAGCUGUCUAUCCGCGGGGACUUCCGAACAACAGUGGAGUACCUGAUCAAACUCUUGGAGACCGAGAGCUUCCAGAACAAUGACACUGACACCGGCUGGCUCGAUCAUCUCAUCGCAGAGAAAGUGCAGGCUGAAAGGCCAGACACCAUGCUGGGGGUGGUGUGUGGAUCAUUGCAUGUUGCGGACGCCGGCUUCAGAAAGAGCAUGUCUGAUUUCCUGCAUUCGCUCGAGAGAGGCCAGGUCCUUCCUGCUUACAGUCUGCUGAACACUGUCGAUGUGGAGCUGAUCUAUGAUGGGGUGAAGUACUCCCUGCAGGUAGCUCGGCAGGCCCUGACCACAUACGUGAUCAUCAUGAACGGCUCCCACAUUGAGAUCGACGUCCACAGGCUGAGCGAUGGAGGGCUUCUGCUCUCUUACGAUGGCUGCAGCUACACCACGUACAUGAAGGAAGAAGUGGACAGGUAUCGCAUCACUAUUGGCAAUAAGACCAGUGUCUUUGAGAAGGAAAAGGACCCCACUGUGCUCAGGUCUCCCUCUGCUGGUAAACUCCUGCAGUACAUGGUGCAGGAUGGGGGCCAUCUCUUCGCUGGGAACUGUUAUGCCGAGAUUGAGGUGAUGAAGAUGGUGAUGGCCCUGACAGUGCAGGAGUCUGGCUGCGUGCACUACGUGAAGAGGCCCGGCGCCGUGCUGGAUUCAGGGUGCAUAGUCGCUAAGCUGGAGCUGGAUGACUCCACCAGUCUGCACCCUGUACAGCUGUACACGGGGACCCUGCCCCCCCAGCAGACUCUGGCCACCAUUGGGGAGAAGCUCCAUCAGGUGUUCCACAACGUCCUGGAGAACCUGGUCAAGGUCAUGGACGGCUUCUGCCUGCCGGAUCCCUACUUCAGCAACAAGCUGAAGGAGUGGGUGCGGACGCUGAUGAAGACUCUCCGAGACCCCUCCCUCCCCCUGCUGGAGCUCCAGGAGAUCAUGACCAGUGUCUCUGGACGAAUCCCAGCAUCCGUGGAGAAGGCAAUCCGCAAGGUGAUGGCCCAGUACGCCAGCAACAUCACCUCUGUGCUCUGCCAGUUCCCCAGCCAGCUGAUAGCGAAUAUACUGGACAGCCACGCUGCCACCCUGCAGAAAAAGGCUGAUCGAGAGGUCUUCUUUAUGAACACACAGAGUAUUGUGCAGCUGGUGCAGAGGUACCGCAGUGGCAUCCGAGGCUACAUGAAAUCUGUGUUGUUGGAUCUGUUGCGCAGGUACCUGCAGGUGGAAACACAGUUCGAGCAAGCUCACUUUGAUAAAUGUGUGAGAAAUCUGAGAGAGCAGUACAAGCCAGACAUGACCCCGGUGCUCGAGUGCAUCUUUUCUCACUCCCAAGUCGCGAAGAAGAAUGUUUUGGUCACAAUGCUUAUUGACCAGAUUUGCAGCAGGGACCCGACUCUGGCUGAUGAGCUGAUGGUGAUUUUGGAUGAGCUCACUCAGCUCAGCAAGACUGAGAACUCCAAAGUGGCCCUGAGAGCCAGACAGGCUUUGAUUGCAUCCCACCUGCCCUCCUAUGAGCUGAGACACAACCAGGUGGAGUCCAUCUUCCUCUCUGCCAUCGAUAUGUACGGACACCAGUUCUGCCCUGAAAACCUCAAGAAACUGAUCCUGUCCGAGACGUCUAUUUUUGACGUUCUGCCCAAUUUCUUCUACCACUGUAACCAGGUGGUGUGCAUGGCAGCUCUGGAGGUGUAUGUGAGAAGAGCUUACAUUGCCUAUGAGCUCAACAGCCUCCAGCACCACCAGCUGCAGGGAGGCACCUGUGUGGUGGACUUCCAGUUCAUGCUGCCCUCGUCCCAUCCCAAUAGUGUCGUCGUUCCCAGUGUGUUUCUCGCUCUGAGGUCGUAUAUAGCAGACAAAGGAAGCAGCCCUACUCUGAACAGGAUGGCAGUCCCGGUCAGUGCUGGCAGUGCUGGUCACUUCGAGAUGAGCCGCCAGGGCAGUGAGCUGUACAUGGAAGGUAGCCUCUCCCCCCCUUGCCAGAGGAUGGGAGCCAUGGUCGCCUUUCAGAGCUUUGAAGAGUUUGUGCGGAGCUUUGAUGAGGUGAUCUCUUGUUUCGCUGAACCCCUGAUGGAUAGCCCAAUGUUCAGUGAGGCACGAUCCACUUUCUAUGAUGAAGAGGACUGUAAGAGUGUAAGGGAGGACCCCAUCCACAUCAUCAAUAUUGCUAUCAAGUCAUCUGCUGAGCAGGAGGACGAUGCGCUAGUGAAGGAUUUCAGCACUUACUGUCAGUCGAAGAAAUCCAUUCUCUUUGAGUAUGGAAUCCGAAGGAUCACAUUUUUGGUUGCACAGAAGAGAGAAUUUCCAAAGUUUUUCACCUUCCGCGCAAGAGACCAGUUCCAGGAGGACCGUAUUUACCGGAACCUGGAGCCGGCGCUGGCCUUCCAGCUGGAGCUGAACCGCAUGCGCAACUUCGACCUGACGGCCAUGCCCUGCUCCAACCACAAGAUGUACCAGUACCUGGGGGCCGCGCGCGUGGAGGAGGGCACGGAGAUCACAGACUACCGCUUCUUCAUACGGGCCAUCAUCCGCCACUCCGACCUCAUCACCAAGGAAGCCUCGUUCGAGUACCUGCAGAACGAGGGGGAGCGGCUCCUGCUGGAGGCCAUGGAUGAGCUGGAGGUGGCCUUCAAUAACACCACGGUCCGCACCGACUGCAACCACAUCUUCCUCAAUUUCGUCCCCACCGUCAUCAUGGACCCCUCCAAGAUCGAGGAGUCGGUGCGCUCUAUGGUGAUGCGCUACGGCAGUCGACUCUGGAAGCUGCGGGUCCUUCAGGCAGAGCUCAAGAUCAACAUCCGCCUGACCCCCACCGGCAAGGCCAUCCCCAUCCGCCUCUUCCUGACCAACGAGUCGGGCUACUACCUGGACAUCAGCCUGUACAAGGAGGUGACCGACCUGAGCACCGGGCAGAUCAUGUUCCAGUCGUAUGGAGAUAAGCAGGGCCCCCUGCAUGGCAUGCUCAUCAACACCCCCUAUGUGACCAAGGACCUGCUGCAGUCCAAGAGGUUCCAGGCACAGUCUCUGGGGACCACCUACGUCUACGACUUCCCGGAAAUGUUCCGACAGGCUCUGUUUAAACUAUGGGGCUCUGGGGAGGAUUAUCCGGAUGUGCUGAUGUGCACAGAGCUGGUCUUGGACCCUCAGGGCCAGCUGGUCCAGAUGAACAGACUGCCUGGAGGCAAUGAGGUGGGGAUGGUUGCGUUCCGGAUGAAGAUGAAAACCCCAGAGUAUCCCGAGGGCCGUGACAUCAUCGUGAUCUGCAAUGACAUCACCUUCAAGAUCGGCUCGUUCGGGCCUCAGGAGGACCUGCUGUUCCUGCGUGCCUCGGAGUUGUCGAGAGCAGAGGGCAUCCCACGCAUCUACAUCUCCGCCAACAGCGGGGCGCGCAUCGGGCUGGCAGAGGAGAUCAGACAUAUGUUCCAGGUGGCCUGGGUCGACCCUGCUGACCCCUACAAGGGUUUUAAAUACCUGUACCUGACUCCCCAAGACUACACAAGAAUCAGUGCUAUGAACUCUGUGCACUGUGAGCAUGUGGAGGAAGGAGGGGAAUCCAGAUACAUUAUAACAGACAUCAUCGGGAAGGAAGAUGGGCUGGGAGUGGAGAAUCUAAGGGGCUCCGGCACCAUCGCAGGGGAGUCCUCGCUGGCAUACAAUGAGAUCGUCACUAUCAGCAUGGUGACGUGCCGUGCUAUUGGGAUCGGAGCGUACCUGGUCAGACUUGGCCAGCGCGUCAUACAGGUGGAGAACUCCCACAUCAUUCUCACUGGAGCCAGCGCCCUCAACAAGGUCCUCGGCAGGGAAGUGUACACCUCCAAUAACCAGCUGGGUGGGGUGCAGAUCAUGCACAACAAUGGAGUCUCGCACACCACCGUCCCCGAUGACUUUGAUGGAGUCUUCACCAUCUUACAGUGGCUGUCUUACAUGCCAAAGAACAAGCACAGUCCCGUUCCGGUGAUAACACCCGAAGACCCUGUGGACAGAGAGAUUGAUUUCGUCCCCACCAAGGCCCCCUAUGACCCUCGCUGGUUACUUGCCGGAAGACCUCAUCCCACUGUGAAGGGUGCUUGGCAGAGUGGCUUCUUUGACCACGGCUCCUUCAUGGAGGUGAUGAGUUCCUGGGCUCAGACUGUAGUGGUGGGCCGAGCCAGGUUGGGGGGCAUUCCUGUUGGGGUGAUCGCUGUGGAGACUCGCACUGUAGAGGUAGCGAUUCCCGCCGAUCCAGCCAACCUGGACUCCGAGGCCAGGCUCGUGCAGCAGGCUGGGCAAGUGUGGUUCCCAGACUCUGCGUUUAAGACAGCCCAAGCCAUCCGGGACUUCAACCGCGAGCGCCUCCCUCUCAUGGUGUUUGCAAACUGGAGGGGCUUCUCCGGAGGGAUGAAAGACAUGUACGACCAGAUUCUGAAAUUCGGCGCCUACAUCGUUGAUGGCCUGAGAGAGUUCCGCCAGCCUGUGCUGGUCUACAUCCCACCACACGCAGAGCUAAGAGGGGGGUCCUGGGUAGUGAUUGACCCCACCAUCAACCCCCUCUACAUGGAGCUAUACGCUGACAAGGAGAGCAGGGGCGGCGUGCUGGAGGCGGAGGGCACAGUGGAGAUUAAGUUCAGGAAGAAGGACCUGGUGAAGACCAUGAGGAGGAUCGACCCAAUCUACUCCCAGCUCGCUGAGCAGCUAGGCACCCCAGAGCUUUCUGACACAGAGCGCAGGGAGCUGGAGAGCAAGCAGAAAGCUCGGGAGGAGUUCCUACUCCCCAUCUACCACCAGGUGGCAGUGCAGUUCGUGGACUUGCAUGACACACCGGGACGCAUGCAAGAGAAGGGAGCCAUCACAGAUAUCCUGGAGUGGAAGAACGUGCGUGUUUUCUUCUACUGGCGUCUGCGCCGCCUCCUGCUGGAGGAGGUGGUGAAGCGCGAGAUCCUGCAGGCCGACGGGGAGCUGAGUGACGGGCACAUCCAAUCCAUGCUGAGGCGAUGGUUUGUGGAGACGGAGGGGGCUGUCCAGGCGUACCAGUGGGACAGUAACAAGGUGGUGGUGGAGUGGCUGGAGAAACACCUAAAGGAGGAAGACGGGACUCGCUCUACCAUCAGGGAGAACAUCAAGUACCUGAAAAGGGACUACGCCCUCAAGCACAUCCGCAGCUUGGUGCAGGCGAACCCGGAAGUGGCCAUGGACUGCAUUAUCCACAUGACGCAGAACAUUAGCCCCUCCCAAAGGGCUCAGAUCUCAUGCCUCCUGGCCACUAUGGACAACUCUCCUUCCAGCUGAGGCACCGGCUGGGCACAGAGCAGCUUCACGCCUUGCCUGCUGUGCUGUAGAACAGGGACUAACCCACUCAGGAUCAGCAGGGAUUCACUCACUGCCUCUGAUAGAGGCAGCUCUAAUUAUAGGGCCUGGGAGUCCUUGGAAUAAAUCUUGUUUGAACUCCUGAUAAAUAUUGUUACUAAGCUGUUCACCUCACACUGUACAAAAGGACUGAAAUUGCAAUGACUGGGUAACCCACUAUUGGUAAAAUGAAGACAGUAUUCUCCUUGGUCUUAAGGGGUUGCUCGUUCCCUGUGCAACACUAGAUUGGUUUCAGGCAACACAACAUUACAGUAAAGCAGAAGGAAUUGCAGCUUAAAAAUACAUCUUGUAAUAACAUGUUAUACUGGUCUCUGUUCCAUUUCAGCAUCUUCAGAUGAUCAGAUUUGGCUCGCCAAAUAAUGACACCAGGUACAGGUGUGUGCUUAGUAAAAAUAUAUUGAUUUGAAGGUUGAAAAGAAUACUUUAAUGGGGGGGGAAGUAAGUUUACCCAGAGAAUGUCCCAAAAUGGUCAGGUUUUCUACAAAAGCACAUUUUACAGACGGAUACAGUUGGUUAAACUAAAUAAAUCAGGAUUUGAAAAGCAGUCUAGUUUGAUCCAGCGUGCACUGCCCUUAGGAGCAGCGUAGUGGAACCAAGGAACUGAGGCUUUGAAUGUAAACUCAUCACGUAAACUCACAACGCUCCGAGGCCCUGGCGUCCGUUUAAUGUUAGCCUGUGGAUUAAGUAGCUUCAAAAGCACACACUGCCGACAGACUCAGCUCUUGGGUAGCUGGUUUUUAAAACAUCCGAGCGUUUUUAAAAUAAAUCCAGAAUAAACAUUUACAGAGCCAGACAUUUUUCAUUAUUUAUGCCAGCUCUUCAUUUUCUUGCAUCUAGGAUUUAUAAACUCGGUGAAUUUCAACGACUUGAAACGGAGCUGCUGCAAUGAAAUCUUUGCGUGCGACAGUAUCAAUGAAAUAGUUAGGACACUGAAAAGGAGAUGCCCAGCAAGGAAAAUAAAAAGCACUUGCAUUUUGACUAAGGUGUGUUGUGGGGAUGUUUUUGUAUGUGCGUGCGUCUUUCGACACACUGAUAUUUAAAAUACAUCAAUUUUUUAUGACCAUUUAAACAUGUGUUAUUGUUUGUACUGCUUUCUUGUCAUUUAUUUGGCUUCUGAUUAACUUACACAAAGCAUUGUACUCAUGGAUUGUAUGUGUUUUUUUUUUCAGUUUUCAGUUGUACUGCAUUUCAGUGCCAUGGAUUUAACCAUCCUUCCUAAACUGGGCUAUUCCAAUGCCAUCUCUUUUAUGAAUCCUCUGUUUGUAAUCGCAUCUCUCAUCUGGGCAACUGUAAAUUCACAGACAUUGUAAAUGAAUGUAUCUUUUUUUGUUUUUGUUUUUGUAAAAUGUUUUUGAAAAUCACAAAGAAAGAAAAACGAUUUAAUAGAUUUCCACGCUC